AAAGCAGAAGUUUUACUUCUUGCAAGUGGCAACCAGAAUCUGCCGCCAUGUGGAGAAGCUGAUCGACUAUUUAAGAUGCUGAAAAACUGCAAAGUUAGAUACUUUAGGAACCGGGGUCAUACACUACUCAUGGAGCGUGACUUCAACCUGCUAACUGUCAUAAAAGGGGUCAACAUGUACCGCCGUGGAAGAAAAUGGGAUGCCGUGACCGAUUUCCUUCCACCUACAUUUACAGAGUUCAAGAAAUCAACCCAAGAUUUCAGAUUGCUCAAUCAAUCAAUGAGCCCAGUCUUGUUGUCUACUCUGGAGACUGGAAAAAUUGUACGUGGACUCGGUGGUGUUCCUAACAAAGGUCCUGUCUUGUUUGUGGGUCGUCACCAACUCUUAGGGAUAGAGAUGCCUUCACUUGUUCAAGAGUUCUUGAAAGAGAAGAAAGAAACUAUCCGAAUAUUGUCCAACCCACUAUUUUUUGUUGGACAUAAUUGGGCUUUGCGACAGGAGUUAUCCCUAUUCGAUGUAGUAUCUAUGUACGGGGGAGUUUCAGUCAGUCCGAUCAAUAUGUAUAAGUUAUUCGAGAGAAAUGAAUUUGUUCUCCUCUAUCCAGGCGGUGCUCGGGAAGUUCUACACCGGAAGGGUGAAGGCUACCAGUGCUUUUGGCCAGAUAAACCAGAAUUUGUAAGAAUGGUAGCCCGUUUUGGAGUUACUAUCAUACCAUUUGGCUGUGUCGGAGAAGAUGAAAUUUUAGAGAUAGUCCUGGAUUACAACGAUCAAAAGAACAUCCCUUAUCUCAAAGACUGGAUAAAAUCAUUCAAUGAAGAUCUUCCAACUCUAAGAGAUACGGUCAUUGGAGAGGAUGGGAAUCAGGCCUUGCAUCUCCCAGUUGUUCUCCCUAAGGUACCAGGUCGCUUAUACUUCCUGUUCGGCAAGCCAAUCAAGAUGAAAGGUCUGAACAAUCUGCUGAUGGACAAGAAACAAGCAAGCGAUUUGUAUCUACACACAAAAUCGGAAGUGGAGAACUUAAUGUCUUAUCUUAAGAGGAAGAGAGAAGAAGAUCCUUACCGGAGUAUAACGCGGCGCAUGUUGUACCAGGCCGCUAGGGGUGCUUCCGCUCAAGUGCCUACUUUUGAGCUGUGA